ACUCAACACACAAAGUAUUUAUUUUCCUCCCAUCAAAAUCUUAAUUGUUUUGGCAAAGCUGUUUUUAUCUAACAGCCUCCCACAGUGACAAAUAUUGUAGCUUUAAAUCUGAGACAUAUUAAAGCUAAGUCAACCUUUUCAGCCAAAAUGAAGUAAGCGGGAUUUAAAAAAGACAAACAAUAAAAUUAAUUUAUAUCGUGAAUAGUCUGUGGAUCUGGCUGCUGAUGGAUUAAUAUCACUCUUGUGUGUUUAAAAGAAUCAACCAUAUAAUUAACCACAGUGACACUUUUUUUUUUUUAAACCCUUGUUGAAUUCGACCCCUUAAAUCAGCAGAUGACUAUUUAUGAUCUGCUAGAGGGAUAUUUUUUUCCUAGUCAUUUUAAGAGGCAAAGUUUGCACUUAAUAUCAUCCAACAUUUUAUAGGUAAUUUGUAGAAUUACAUUCUGCAGCUGUACAUUUUGUUUUUCUUUCUGAGUUCAGUUGCCAUCUAUUAAUAAAACUGAACCCCGUUGCAGAGUCACCACCACGCUUCUCACCAUCUGAGUCAGUCAACUAGUCUUCUUUCAGCAUCAUGUGACUGCUGACCAGGGAGCCACAAUCAGCUUGGCUGGUGUUGUCAAAUGACCAAGGCGCACCGCCAGUCGUCAGGUUCCACCAACCUUUUGGUUCCUGAGCAUGCAGUUCGCGACAUCCUCCUCCUCUACCUCCAACCUUAAUCCAAUCGACAGCGGCCCACUUCACAUUAUCAACCGUCAGCGUCUUUACUCCCUCUAUUCUCCACACAACUACUGUACCAACGGGAACAGCCCUUGGCUUACAUGCCUACCCAUCCUCCCCCCCCAAAAGGCAGGGAAUAUCUACAACUACCCGUUCCCACCAGCCACCAAGCAGCUUCAUAUCGCCAACAUUUGCAUCAUGUGGCAAAUCCUCUCUGCAAUUCGACUUACCUCACCAUCAGUCUGGCUUCCUUGCGUCAUAUCUAUCUUGUCCAAAUGCCCCAAAAUAGAGGAGGAGCCGCAGUCGCAGCAGCAGGUCUCUCUCAAGAGACCGAGGGAGACAACGUUCUCUCUCCAGAGACAAGAAGUGCCCACGAUCAAUCUCAAGGUCCAGGAGUCGCUCCCGGUCCAACGACAGAAAAUGAAGACCUCAAACGAUCAUCUGUGGAUCUCGCUACGUUUGGGGAAAUUCUAAUUUUUAUAGUCCUGUUUUUCUUUUUCUUCCUGGGUUCGUCAAGUUACAUAUUGUGUAUUGCCAGUCUGUUGGAUUAACAACAAAGGACUCUAGUCUUUCUCUGCUAAAGCAAAUUAUAUUUCCUCCUGCAUGUUUUGAGAUGGGAUACUGGAUUUAGUUUAACAUUACCUUGUUUUUUUAAACUGUUGAAUUAAAGCUCAUGUAAUGUUUUUAUUUUAUUUUUGUUUGCUUUUUUAAAAUUCUUGAUUGAGUCUCAUAUUACCGGUAAUGGGAUUCAUGGUGAUCCACUUGUAGAACAUACGUUCUACCAGUGAUAUAAAUCAGACUGGCAGCAAAUGUUGGUAAAUAUUGGCACUGUAAUUUGCAGACUAUUCUUUAAGCCCAAAAGCUAAUCCUGUGUUUUACCCAUGUCACUUUUGCAAAAAAAGCAUCUACUCUAUUCAACUUUGCUUGACUCUCAGCUGACAAUUUGUGCUGCAGAUGAACAACUUGUUCAAUAAAUGGUUUUCCAAGGUGA